CAUCCCCACAGAGCACUGCAGCUUUGGUCAUAUGAGCAGAAAUGAUGAGAAAAGCACUUUUUAAUCUUUUCGCACUUGCUUCCCUGUUCAAACAGUUGCAGGAUGGCUAUGACUGACUUGCUCAGCGCUGAGGAUAUCAAGAAGGCUGUGGGAGCCUUUUCAGCGGCUGAAUCUUUUAACUACAAGAAGUUUUUCGAGAUGGUAGGAUUGAAAAAGAAGACCCCAGAAGAUGUGAAGAAGGUUUUCCAUAUUCUUGAUAAAGAUCAAAGCGGUUUCAUUGAAGAGGAAGAAUUGAAGUUUGUACUGAAGGGUUUUACCCCAGAGGGAAGAGACCUAUCAGACAAAGAGACGAAGGCUCUUCUGGCUGCUGGAGAUAAGGACGGUGAUGGUAAAAUUGGCGCUGAUGGUAUGUGAUUAGAGGAGUAAACUUUGUCAGUAAUUAUCGAAUAUUACUCUUACAUACAAGAACUGAGGAAGCCUGGGAAUCACUGUGGGCUGUGACCUUGUGAAGGGCACGGUUUGGGUUUAGUGAAAUGCCAAGUCCUGCUCCGUUUGCCAUACCUUGCUAGGAGGCUUUGCGGGAAGAGCAGCCAAGUUCUGACACUAGAGGGGGCAAGAGCUCGCAGAACCCGAGCUCAGGCUGCAGCGCAGGGCCAAGUGCCCAUCCAAAUCCUACUUCUAGUUUAAUUUCUCUGUUGAUAUCAGUGGAGUGACGAUCAGGACACUGAGAGUUCAAAGGCCUGGGUUUGACUAUAAAACUUAGGAUAAAAAAAGCUGAGUAACAGCAUUUCUGCUUGAUUAGUUAAUAGGAAGAAAUGCAUGACUUAGCAAAGUGAUGCUCUUAAAAUUCAAGGUAUGCCCAGUCUGCGACAGAAUUUCUGUACAGUAACAGUCUAUCCAGCUUA